AUGGUUCUUCUCCACUCCUUCCGCUCCGUCGGCUUUCAUCUUCUCCGACAAGCCACUCCUAUCAUAAAUCGAGGCGGAAGAAUCUCGAGACCCGUCUCUAAGAAUCUCCUCUGUCUUCUAUUCUCUUCCUCUCCAAAAACCCAUCUUCUUAAACCCUGCGCUGCUUCGUCAGAGAGGAGUUCGUUUCUGUUUAAGGGAGAUGAGCGUGUAGUGGGUCUUCUAAGCAAUGUAGAUGACGACGACGCAUUCGAUAACGUCGAUCGGUUUCAGAGCUCAAGCACGAUUGCUGCGAUCGUGACACCGAUCGGUGGCCCACCUGGCGCGGUGGGGAUCGUCCGAUUGUCGGGUCCUAAUGCUGUGGAAGUUGCACAACAAGUCUUUCGUUCUGCUAAGACAAGGAGGAAGAAUUCGGAUUCAUGGCGGCCAAGGAGUCAUUUCGUGGAGUAUGGAGUCGUCGUUGAUUCAAAUGGCAAUGUUGUUGACGAGGUUUUAGCUGUGCCGAUGUUGGCUCCUAGGUCAUACACUCGAGAGGAUGUAGUUGAGCUCCAGUGUCACGGGAGCGAAGUUUGUCUGCGGCGUGUUUUGAGGACAUGUGUUGAUGCUGGUGCAAGAUUAGCAGAACCAGGAGAGUUCACACUUCGUGCGUUUCUAAACGGGCGUUUAGACCUUUCGCAAGCUGAAAAUGUGGAAAAGCUUAUCUCGGCCAAGUCCUCUGCUGCUGCAGAUGCUGCUUUACAAGGAAUUCAGGGAGGUUUUUCAUCAUUGGUGAAAUCAUUGAGAGCGCAAUGCAUUGAGCUCCUCACUGAAAUCGAAGCUCGUCUAGACUUUGAAGACGAGAUGCAACCAUUAGAUAUAAACUCAGUCGUUAGCAAAAUAAACAACAUGUCUAGAGAUGUAGAAAGUGCGUUAGAUACAGCGAACUAUGACAAGCUUCUUCAAACCGGGUUACAGGUAGCUAUUGUUGGGCGUCCAAAUGUUGGGAAAUCAAGUCUUUUAAAUGCUUGGAGCAAAAGUGAGAGAGCCAUUGUUACAGAAGUAGCUGGGACUACUAGAGACGUUGUUGAAGCUAAUGUUACAGUCCGUGGCGUGCCUGUCACUCUUCUUGACACUGCUGGUAUCAGAGAAACCAGUGACAUUGUCGAAAAAAUAGGAGUUGAGAGAUCAGAAACAGCUGCUAGAGUUGCAGAUGUUGUAAUCAUGGCGGUGAGUGCUGUUGAAGGCUGGACAGAAGAAGACACUGAGCUUCUACAUAAGAUCCAAUCUGAUAAGCCUAUGAUUCUGGUGAUGAACAAAAUCGAUUGUGCUUCUCGUGAUCAAGUCGAAGAUACGAAGAGAAAGAGAGGAGAAGUUUUCCAUAAGUCUGUGUUUACAUCUGCUGUUACUGGUCAAGGAAUCGAAGAGCUUGAAGAGGCAAUAUUGGAGAUUCUUGGUCUUGAUCGUGUCCCCACCGGAGGACAUCAAUGGACUGUGAAUCAGAGACAAUGCGAGCAGUUGGUGAGGACGAAAGAGGCGCUAAUGAGGCUGAGGGAAGCAAUCGGAGAUGAGAUUCCGAUUGAUUUCUGGACGAUCGAGCUUAGAGAAGCUGCUUUGGCUCUUGCUCAGAUCAGUGGCCAAGAUGUCUCUGAAGAGGUUUUGUCUUCCAUUUUUGCCAAGUUUUGUAUCGGUAAAUAA